UGCAGAAAUACCUUUUAUUUCAGUAUACAUUAAAUACUUCAGCCCCAUAUACUGUGGUUGGGCUAGAUAAGAGGCAAUGAGUGUGGAAUUUCUCGCGAUAAUCCUUGUUGAUUCCGGUCCGGUCGGUGUUGAAUUAUUCUGUAAAGAUGGCGGUCAACAUCCGAGGCCGUCCGAGUCGAAGCAUUCGGAUGCGAGGUCGGAAUGACAGUGGGGAUGAAAAUGUACCACUCGAUCUCUCCAGAGAUCCUUCAGACAACCUUCGGGAAAUCCUUCAGAAUGUUGCCAAGCAACAAGGAGUCUCCAACAUGCGCAAACUUGGUCACCUGAACAACUUUAUAAAGCUUCUCUGCAAUGCAGGCCACUCAGAGGAGAAGCUUGGGUUUACACAUGAAGAGAUCGUCAUUUGUCUCCGGUUAGCGCUGUUAAAUGAGGCUAAGGAGGUGCGAGCUGCAGGGCUGAGGGCUCUACGCUACCUGAUCAGAGACAGCGCUAUUCUCCAGAAGGUCCUCCGUCUUCAGGUGGACUACCUGAUCGCCAGGUGCAUAGACAUCCAGCAAAGCAAUGAGGUGGAAAGAACACAGGCUCUCAGGCUGGUGCGAAAGAUGAUCACAGUGAAUGCACUGCUCUUCCCCUCGUCUGUCACCAACUCCCUUAUUGCCGUGGGCAACGAUGGGCUACAGGAGCGAGACCGCAUGGUGCGCGUCUGUAUCGCCAUCAUCUGUGAACUUGCUGUGAAGAACCCUGUGGUGGUGGCUCAGAGGAGUGGUCUCAGCACCAUUCUGAAGAACGUGAUCGACUGUCAGCUGAGUCGCAUCAACGAGGCACUCAUCACUACCAUCCUACACCUCCUCAACCACCCACACACACGCCAGUAUGUGCGCUCAGAUGUGGAGCUCGAGCAAAUCCUGGCCCCGUACACAGACUUUCACUACAGACACAAUGCAGACACAUCAGAGGGGCAACUCAAGGAAGACCGGGAAGCUCGAUUCCUGGCCAGUAAGAUGUCCAUAGUUGCUUCCUUUCGCUCCUGGUCAGGCAUCAUUAACCUGUGCAAGUCAGGCAACUCUGGAAUCCAGUCUCUUAUUGGCCUGCUAUGUAUACCAAAUGUGGAAGUAAGGAAAGGCUUGUUAGAGGUGAUGUAUGAUAUAUUCCGGCUCCCCAUGCCUGUUGCGACUGCAGACUUUAUUGAAGCACUUAUCAGUGUGGACCCCAGUAGGUUCCAAGACAGUUGGAGGUUAUCUGACGGCUUUGUGGCUUCUGAAGCAAAAUGUAUCCUUCCGCAUCGAGCUCGGUCAAGGCCUGACCUAAUGGAUAACUACCUGGCUUUGGUACUGUCUGCCUUCAUCAAGAGUGGACUUCUUGAGGGUCUGAUUGAGGUUAUCACAAGCACCGAUGACAACAACUCUGUGCGAGCCACCAUUCUACUGGGAGAACUGCUUCACAUGGCCAACACCAUUCUCCCACACUCCCACAGCCACCACCUGCACUGUCUGCCCACACUCAUCAACAAGGCUGCCUCUUUCGACAUCGCCCAGGAGAAGAGACUACGGGCGAGUGCAGCGGUCAACUACCUGAAGUGCUUCCACGAGAAGAAGAAGAAAGGACCCAAACCCAACAGCCUGUACCUGGACCACAUCAUCCGCAAAUCAAAGGCUUCACACUACUGUAGAGACCAGCACUUUAGACCACAGAGAGAUAUCUUUGUCAUUAAGGACACUGAGGAUGCUCUCAUGAUGAACCUGAGAGACAGCCACAUCCUGAACCACAAAGAGAACCUGGACUGGAACUGGGUUCUCAUCGCAACAAUACUGAAGUGGCCAAACGUUAACCUGCGGAGCAAUAAAGAUGAACAAAUACACAAGUUUGUGCGCAGGCUGCUGUUCUUCUAUAAGCCCAGCAGUAAGCUGUAUGCCAGCCUGGAGCUGGACCACAGCAAAGCCAGGCAGCUCACUGUGGUGGGAUGCCAGUUCAUUGAGUUCCUCCUGGAGUCUGACGAGGAUGGGCAGGUGUACCUGGAGGACCUGGUGAAGGACAUAGUCCAAUGGCUCUCAUCUUCUUCGGGGCUCAAGCUCGACCGCAGUCUCCAGAGCAAUGGGCUGCUCACCACCCUCAGCCAGCACUACUUCCUGUUCCUGGGCACUCUUUCCUCACACCCGCACGGCGUCAAGAUGCUGGAGAAGUGUAGUGUCUUCCAGUGCCUGUUGAACAUCUGUACACUGAAGAAUCGGGACCACCUGCUGAAGCUCACUGUGUCCACACUGGACUACAGCCGUGACGGGCUGUCCAGGGUCAUCCUGUCCAAGAUCCUCACCGCUGCCACUGACAACUGCAGGUUGUAUGCCACUAAACAUCUGCGGGUGCUGCUGCGUGCCAACGUGGAGUUCUUCAGUAAUUGGGGCAUCGAGCUCCUGGUCACCCAGCUCCACGACCGCAACAAGAGUAUCUCCAUGGAGGCGCUGGACAUACUGGAUGAGGCCUGCGAGGACAAGGCAAACCUCCAUGCUCUGAUCCAGAUGAAGCCAGCUCUCACACAUCUUGGGGACAAGGGGGUCCUGCUGCUGCUACGGUUCUUGUCCAUUCCAAAGGGCUUCUCCUACCUCAAUGAGAGGGGCUACGUCACCAAGCAGCUAGAGAAAUGGCAGAAGGAGUAUAACCUGAAAUAUGUGGACAUGAUAGAGGAGCAGCUGAACGAGGCUCUCACCACGUACCGUAAACCUGUCGACGGAGACAACUAUGUACGUCGAAGCAACCAAAGGUUACAGAGGCCCAAUGUUUAUCUUCCUGUGCAUCUGUAUGGCCAACUUGUCCAUGACAAGACAGGCUGCCAUCUAUUGGAAGUCCAGAAUGUGGUUCCUGACCUAAGCUACACUGUUCGCUCCCCAAUGCUGGACAAGUGGGAGGGCAUUAAACAACUUAAGGCAGCACUUUGGGCCUUGGGUAACAUAGGGUCGUCAAACUGGGGGUUGAACCUCCUGCAAGAGGAAGGGGUGAUCCCUGACAUAGUGGUUCUGGCUCUGCACUGUGAGGUUCUCUCCGUCAGAGGGACGUGUCUGUACGUGUUGGGGCUUAUCUCGAAGACGCGUCAGGGCUGUGACAUGCUGAAGCAGCACGGCUGGGACGCUGUGAGACACAGCCGCCGGACGUUGUGGCCCGUUGUCCCCGAUGACAUGGAGCCCCACCCCAACCCCCCCAGUCUGCUGUCCUCUGUCCCCUCCAGCCUCAGCCUCGCCUCUGACUCCACCAGCUCCAUGCACAACAGUGAGAGUGACUCCACACAACCCAGUAUGUACAUCAUGGACGAUGAGAGGCUGGAGAAUUGUGACCUGUCGGACGAUCCUCCUAUGUACAUGAGACCCAAGUACAAAGACCGCAGCCCCUUCACCCUCCUGGCCUCCAGCCGCUUCCGCAACCGCCUCCUCCACUCCCUGUCGCUAUCUGGGAAGAAGCUCCGCAGCAACAGCGACCCCAAGGGCAUUCCCAGGGGCCGCGGAGGAAGGGUGGAGGGGGAACAGGGGCGCAAACGCACCGUCACCGAGCCCAGCUACACCUUUGGAUCUUCAGACGUCUUCCCAAUCUAUAAUGACGGACACUUGCCCAAAAGCCCCUCUGUCAACCUAGAAACCUCCUUUGUGGGCAGCAAGGUAUCUGAGAACCGGGGCAGCACCCCCAGCAUUGGGGAGGGGGAGGGGAGGUUGCCAGGCCGGUCAGUGGGGGUAGGAGGGGCAGGGGUGGGUGAGAACCAGAGAGAACAGGCUAGCCGGGAGCGCCUGGCCGAGUAUGGCCCGUCCGGAGGGGGCGGGGGGACUCAGUUUAAAUCACGCAGUCAGAGCUUCAACACGGACACGACCACCAGCGGCAUCAGCUCUAUGAGCUCCAGCCCCUCCAGGGAGACCCUGCCCUCCACCAUCGACACGGACGGUGUCAGCAUCAACAGUGUGAUCAGCGCCCAAACCAUCCAGACCCUGACCUCCCUCACCCCCCAGCCCCACACCGCCCACCUCUCCUCCCUGUCCAAAUCCAGCUCUGCCUCCCUGGUGCCCCCCGGCUCCUCCCACACCCUUCCCCGCCGCGCCCAGUCCCUAAAGUCGCCCUCGUUGACCACUCUGAGCGGCCUGACGGACUGCAGCCUCAUGUACUCCAACUCCCGGGACGCGCUGGGCUACGCCACGCUGAAGUACGCAAGUUGUCGUGACACGUACGCUAGUCAGCGUGAUGCGCUGGGCUACGCUACGCUGAAGAGGCUGCAGCAGCAGAGGAUCCACUCAUCCCUGUCCCACAGCGAGGCUCUGGCUUCCCCAGCCAAAGACAUGCUCUUCACCGAUACCAUCAACAUGAAGACUGGCAGCCUGGACUCCAGACUCACCCCAAGGAGGUGCUCAGUAAAAAGGUUUGGCUGUUUGGGUCACGGUGGGCCAGCUGUGUCCAGUCGCAGGCCUGUCAGAGCCCUCCUUCCACGGUUCCUGAAGGCUCUGAGUUUUGCCUCUCUGGAUAAGGAGGAUCUGCUGAGCCCCAUCAGCCAGACCACUCUGCAGCGGUCCUCCUCAGUGAGAUCCAUGGUGUCCAGUGCCACCUAUGGCAGCUCUGAUGACUUCAUUGGCCUGGCGCUGCCCGUGGACAUCAACAACAUGUUCCAGAUAAAAGAAACACCAUAUUUCCUGAAGAGGACCAGCCCGCCCUCUGAGGACAGAUCUGCCAAAUUCUUCUCUGGUGACUCAGAUGGUCCCAGCCCUCACUCCCGGCAUGCUGUGCUCCGCUCCCAGCUGAGCAUCACAGAGCUGAUGGGGGUGAGCCGUGCAGAGCAGCAGCAGCUACUGGGCUCAGAGGAGACUGGUCUACAGGAACACAACGAUGACAACUGCCUCUACUGCACUGGGUUGACUGUGCUUGGCUUCAGCGCAUCCAACAGCCACCCAGACUUGACGGAGGACCACCCUUUCUCAGAGUGGUGCAGUCCACCUGUGCAGAAUCACCUGGAGGUCAUGGCCCAAACCAAACUGUCAGGGGUGUCUGGGUGCAGUGAUGCUAUGUCCCAGGGCUCCCCAGGAAGCACCCGCAGCACUGAACUGGUUUUGGGAGUGAAGUCCAUCCCAGAGGAUGCUCCGGCUGGCAGGGUUCUCCUCAGGAAGGAGGUCCUGCGUCUGGUGGUCAACCUCAGCUCCUCUGUGGGGACCAAAGGCCACGAGACUAACCUGCUAACGAUCAAGGAGAAGUUCCCCUAUGCAUUCGAUGACAUUUGUCUCUACUCUGAGGUGUCCUACCUGCUGGCCCACUGCAUGUUCCGUCUGUCGGCACGCCGCUUCAUCCAGGAGCUCUUCCAGGACGUGCCAUUUAUCCCGAUGUACGAAGAGGCAGAGAGCAUCCUCUCCAUGUCGCCAAAGAACGGACCGACCGACCGACCCUCCUGCUGAGCCUUGAGUCAUCCUCUGUCUUCCCUUCCCUCUCGCAGCCAGUCAAACCCUGAGUUACCACUACUGAUCUACCAGUCACACCCUCCCCUCAGUCAAACAUAGUCACCACUACUGAUCUACUAGUCACCCCCCCCCCCCUGUCACCACUACUGAUCUACUUUGUCACCCCCCCCUCCCAGUCGAACCCUGAGUCACCACUACUGAUCUACCAGUCACACCCCCCCCUCAGUCAAACAUAGUCACCACUACUGCUCUUCCUGUCAAACACCACCCACUCCCUGAACUUUUUAUCCCUUAACUUUCAGUCAAACCCCACCCCUGACUUGAGUCAACGCUAACCACUGAACCACCCCCACAUCCUCACUUAAUUCUCCAUACCAGAGUGCACUGUAUGUCCUCCUAGGAUUUGGACACAAAUGGAGAGAAGAGAAAAUAGAGGGAAGAAAUAUGUUCUUCCUAUUGACUUUAAGAUCUGAUGGAUAACACAGGAUGAGCAAACAUGUUUUAUCUGACCAAAUGAUAACAGCCAGCUGUGAGCAAUUUAUUUGAUUUUUUUCAUAUUUGGAAAUUCAUCACCAACUGAUCUUGGACCACAAUCAAAUCCAAAAUGGCAUAAUACAAAAAUGUAAAACGGUCCAUCAUUUCUGAGGGCUUCCUCAGUUUUUUCUAAGUAUAUGACUGCAGCCCAACCACUUAUAUGAAAUAACUUAGCAUGUUGUUUGUAGCUCAGCUUCUCCCAAAGUGGAUCCAGUGACUUUGACUAAAACACUGAAGAGGACGUGUUCCUCUGCAUAACACUAAAACCUCUCCGCAUCUGGAGAGAGGACCAUGACAUUGCGAAUAUCCAUAUGUCUAUUCAUUGUACCUGAACAAAGAACAGUGAAGGAGAAUAGUGCUGAAAAGGCUGUUGGUAUUGGUCUAUUCAGUGACUGCAGAGACAGGUAGGCUAGAUGAUCAGUCACUGAUGUAGUUUGGUGGUGGUGUGUUUUGUUGACAUGUGCUAAAGAGGAAAUGUUCCUCCUUGCUAGAUGUCGUUUUUGUUUGUGUUUUUAAGCAUUCAUGCCAAGAACUGAACAGCUACACGUAGGAGUGAAAUCUACCAAAUGAUUGCCAUUGAACAUCGGUCUGUGUGUUUCAGCACAGAGGAGUUAUAUGGUCAGUUAUUGAACUGAUGUUUGAAACCAAGGCUGCAUGCAUUAUUGUUUAUUACCUAGAUAUUUAAACCCUGAAGUAAAAGCACAGGGUUAGGACAUUAGAUCUGGUGCUCGUCAAGGUGAAAGAAUACACACGUAUGCUACUGUGCGGUAGUGUUUAUGUAGUCAUCUUAGUAUAUGCUUAACGGCUUCCUUUUCUGCCGUGAAAUUCCCCAGAACAUGGUCCAGGAAAACAGUCACUACUUGAUGGCCAAGGAGAAUUGCUGCUUCAGUAUUCAAGUCAUUUGCCAUUCCAGUCAGUUGUCAUUCCUUGGGAGAUGCUGUCUGCUUGUCCUCAUUCCGGUAAAACUGGAGAAUAACGAAACUGGAGCAAAUGUCUUAGUGGAGAGCAGGGCCUGCCUGAACAUGUGCAAUAAGAACACUCAUUUAAUUUAAACACUUCCAAUGACAGCCACAUCCGUUAUCCAGAAAUGUAUCUACGUGUUUGUGAAAUGAUGGUGGUUUAAAACAUUUCGAUAUGGGAUUGUACUGGUGUUUUUUGCUAUGCAAGAUGAGUAAUGGGGUUUAAUGUUGUACUUUUUCAGCUUUUGUUAAAAAUUUGUUUCGGCAGCUGAAAUGACAUUGCCUUAUUUUUCGGAAUGCUCUGACAUAUGAGACAUUACUUUUUUACUUCUAAUAUAAAUGAAAAGUAAAUAAUUCUGGCCCUAAUUAUAGCGAAAUGAAUUGAUAAAUAGGUUGUGAAAAUGAUAAGCAACCAAUGUUAAGGCCACAAUCUACCUAUGCCUGUUGUAGAGAGAAGAGCCUGUCAAAAGCACCUGCUUGGUUUUAGAGUGCUGAGGUGGAGCUUGGGUGGUUUGGGAAUUAGCUGUUGUGUUGUUUAGUAACUGUUUUAAAGAAAUGGUGGUUAUCAUUGUGCUCAUUUCCAACCUGCCUUGAGCAUUCACUUUGACGAUGCUACUUCUAUUGCUGCACUGUUUGUGCUGAAUCAUUCAACAGCAACAUGCACUUAUGAUUGACUCAAUGGAAAUGUUUAGUCCUACUGUUUAUAUUGGCCUUGGUUAGUUAUGUGAUGAAGUGGUUAGAGAAAUGGACUGGUGAAAAGAGGAUUGGGGUGCAGUUCAAUUGCACUGAGCAAUCCACAUUCCUCUGUGUAAAUGCAUUGUGUUGAAAACACAAGUCCUCUGCAAGUGGAGAAUUCUAUAGUUGCAGUACAAUGUGCAUGUUUGAUCACAUCUCUAAAUUAAAAAGAAAUGGGGACAUUUUGAUUUAGCAGAUUCCUCUAUUCCUUCGUAGAUCUUCCUUUUGCAUUCAUUCUAAGCUCACCUUUUCAACUCACUGCAAAUUCUAAAUAGAUAAAAUGUUACAUUUCAUAGCAGGUUUUAACAUUUAUACUGAUGUUUCAGAUAGACGUUGAAUAAGGUCAAUUAUUUGGGAACAUAGUUGUACAAGUUCUGUUAUGGACCAAAAAGCCAAACUGACUUAACUAGUUGGAAUUGUUCUUUAGCAAUUGGAACAGGAAGUAAUAACUUAAAUAUUUAACUGCUGUGUGCAUUGAGACAUUUGAAAAAAUGUGCCCCUUAUUCUUAAUGUGUUGUAAAUUGGCUUAUUCUGAGCUUUUCUAAAGCACUGUAUGGAGAUCUGAAAACAAAUCCUUUUAUAUACCUGUACCAUUUAGGAACAAAGAGACAAAGAUAUAUGUUUUCUCUUGAGGAAAUAUAUUACACUUAAGAAGCUGUAUGACUUUUUUUGCCCCAUUUGUGGUUUCUAUGUUUUUGGCAUUAUAUGGGCCAUUAGAAUAAAUCUUAAUGAAGGGAUGCAUAUUGAUAAUAAAAACAGACAUCAACUACUCA